AUGUCGACCGCCUUAGUAGACGUCGACGUCGACGAGCUCGAACCCACCCUCCAGACCAUCCUCGACCAAAAGUCACUGCGAUGGAUCUUUGUAGGUGGUAAAGGAGGUGUAGGCAAGACCACAACCUCGUGCUCUCUCGCAAUCCAACUUGCCAAAGUCCGCCGCUCUGUCCUCCUCAUCUCGACAGAUCCAGCGCACAAUCUCUCCGAUGCAUUCUCACAGAAGUUUGGCAAGGAGGCUAGGCUUGUGGAAGGCUUCACGAAUCUGAGCGCUAUGGAGAUUGACCCUAAUGGGAGCAUUCAGGAGCUUAUGGGUCAGGCUGAGGAGGGCGAGGGUCCGGCGGCUGGUAUGGGAGGCAUGAUGCAAGAUUUGGCUUUCGCAAUCCCUGGUAUUGAUGAAGCCAUGUCCUUCGCAGAGGUUCUAAAACAAGUCAAAUCUCUCUCGUACGAAACUAUCAUAUUCGACACCGCCCCUACAGGCCACACACUCCGCUUCCUCCAAUUCCCCACCGUCCUUGAGAAAGCCCUAGCCAAAGUCUCACAGCUGUCUUCUCAAUUCGGACCAAUGUUGAACGGCCUCCUAGGCGCAAACGGCUCCCUCCCCAACGGCCAAAACCUAAACGAGAUGAUGGAGAAGCUCGAGGGUCUACGAGAAACCAUCAGCGAGGUAAACACACAAUUCAAGGACGAGAACCUCACAACGUUCAUAUGCGUCUGCAUACCCGAAUUCCUCUCUCUCUACGAAACAGAGCGCAUGAUCCAAGAGCUAGCGAGUUAUCACAUAGACACGCAUUGUAUUGUGGUCAACCAACUGCUGUUCCCGAAGGCAGGCAGCGAGUGCGAGCAAUGCAAUGCUCGGAGAAAGAUGCAGAAGAAGUACUUGGCGCAGAUUGCCGAGUUGUAUGAUGAUUUUAAUGUGGUUAAGAUGCCGCUUCUGGUAGAGGAGGUGAGGGGGAAGGAGAGGCUAGAGAAGUUUAGUGAGAUGUUGAUUAAGCCUUAUGUCCCGCCAGCGGGUGGGUUAUAG